AGUUCUCUAUGGGAACGUCUCUGUGAACGAGCGUGUCUUCGAGCAGUAUCUUCGAGUCGUCGGCGAAGAUCUCCGUGAACGCGCAUGAUUUCGAACGAAAACUCCUCGCAUAAGAAUUGACACGUCCGCGUCGCGACGAUAACGAGCGAUCGUUUGCUGAAUUAGUCAGUGGAUCCUAUACUCACGAACGUAUCGAUUCCAAAAUGACUCAAAUGGGAAAGCUAUUGUUUUCCCUGCCCUUGUUCCUGGCGCUCCUGGCGUACGGAGCAGCUGAGGCUCCAAGAUUGGUCUGUUACUUCAGCAACUGGGCUAUCUACCGUCCGGAUGUAGGCAGCUACGGCAUUGACGACGUUCCCGCUGAUCUGUGCACGCACGUGAUUUACUCCUUCAUCGGCGUGAGCAACGUCACAUGGGGAGUACUCAUUCUCGACGAGGAGCUCGACGUUCAGAAAGGCGGCUUCAGCAAGUUUGUCGCUCUGAAGGAGAAACAUCCGCAUCUGAAGACCCAGGUUGCGAUCGGCGGCUGGGGCGAGGGUGGUAGAAAGUACAGCCAAAUGGUUAGCGUGAAAUCCAGACGUGACUCGCUGGUCAGCAGCGUCGUCGAUUUUAUGAACAAAUAUAAGUUCGACGGCUUCGAUCUUGAUUGGGAAUAUCCGGCUGCUACCGACCGAGGUGGCACCUUCAGCGACAAGAACAACUUCUUCUACUUCGUCGAGGAGCUGAGAACCGCGUUCGACAAGGCUGGCAAAGGCUGGGAGAUUACGAUGGCGGUGCCGAUGGCCACGUUCCGUCUCAACGAGGGAUAUCACGUGCCAGAAUUAUGCGAACUUCUCGAUGCCAUCCACGUGAUGUCUUAUGAUCUCCGUGGCAAUUGGGGAGGAUUUGCUGACGUUCAUAGCCCGCUCUACAGGAGGCCUCACGAUCAGUAUGCCUACGAGAAAUUGAACGUGCACGACGGUCUUCAACUCUGGGAGGACAAAGGCUGUCCCGCCAACAAGCUCGUCGUAGGAAUCCCGUUGUACGGACGUACCUUCACCCUCAGCCAGGGCAACAACAACUUCAAGCCCGGCACUUACAUCAACAAGGAAGCCGGUGGUGGCGAUGCCGGCAAAUACACCGGGGCUAAAGGAUUCUUAUCUUACUACGAGAUCUGUAUGGAACUUAAAAAGCCGGACCAAAACGGAUGGACCAAGGACUACGAUGACGUGGGCAAAGUACCCUAUAUGUACAAGGGAGGGAAAAGUCCUCAAUGGGUUGGUUAUGAGGACGCCGACAGUAUCGUUCACAAGAUGAAGUUCCUCAAGGAGAAGAAAUAUCUCGGUGCCAUGGUCUGGGCCGUCGACAUGGACGACUUCAGAGGACUCUGCGGUCCAGUGAAUCCUCUCAUGAACGCAAUCUACGACGGUCUGAAGGGUUAUACAGUAACACCUACGGAUUACAAGACAACUCCUAGACCCGAAUGGGACAGGCCACCUAGCACUACACCUUCGACAGGUGAGAAACCGAAACCCACACCCAAACCCACCUCGAACCCCGAGGUGACAACCGAAGUACCUCGUCCUACGCAGACUACGUCGAAGCCAGUCGAUGAAAAUGAAGUUAAGUGCGACGGCAACAAUAAUAUGAUCCCCAGCAAGGACUGCUCAGCGUACUUCCGCUGCGUCCACGGCAAACCGAUCAAGACACAGUGUCCGGCCGGUUUGAUCUUCCAAAGUACCAAGCUUAUUUGCGAUUGGCCAGCCAACGCCGAUCGCGAGGAAUGCAGAAAAGUCUAAUCGUCGGUGUGACUUGGUUCUACUAAUGUCAACCGUCCAGCAUUUCAUCGAUUCAUACAUCUCUCAGGUAUACGAGGGAAUUAAUUGCGAUAAUUUCAUAUAACAGAGAACAUUUGUUACGUGUUAUUAUUUGUUGUUGUGUGCGAGAACGUGUGCGAUGCGAAUAUCGCAAGCCACAAUAAAUCAUACGCAGUUUAUCAAAA